CGUCGGGGCGCUAAGCCUCACGGAGAGGACGCUGGCGCCCCCUGGCGGGCGAGGAGAGGGGGCGGGACUGUAGCGUGCGCGCAGCUGGCUGUCCCAAGUCCGAAACCAGUGCCGCAGGCGGCGAGGAGCGCGGCGCCGAGAUGCUGCGGAUCGGAGCGCCAACCGGGGACUUACCCCGGGCCGGAGAAGUGCACACUGGGACAACCAUCAUGGCAGUACAGUUUGAUGGGGGCGUUGUGGUGGGUUCUGACUCCCGAGUAUCUGCAGGAGAGGCGGUGGUGAACCGAGUGUUUGACAAGCUGUCCCCACUACACCAUCGCAUCUACUGUGCUCUCUCCGGUUCGGCUGCUGACGCCCAGGCUGUGGCCGACAUGGCUGCCUACCAGCUGGAGCUCCAUGGGAUGGAACUGGAUGAACCUCCGCUUGUUUUGGCUGCUGCAAAUGUGGUGAGGAAUAUUACCUAUAAAUAUCGGGAGGACCUGUCUGCACAUCUCAUGGUAGCUGGCUGGGACCACCGUGAAGGGGGCCAAGUAUAUGGAACCCUGGGAGGAAUGCUGACCCGACAGCCCUUUGCCAUUGGGGGCUCUGGCAGCACCUACAUCUACGGUUAUGUGGACGCAGCAUAUAAGCCAGGCAUGUCCCCUGAGGAGUGCAGGCGCUUCACCACAGAUGCUAUCGCUCUGGCCAUGAGCCGGGAUGGCUCGAGUGGGGGUGUCAUCUACCUGGUCACCAUUACAGCUGCUGGUGUGGACCAUCGAGUAAUCUUGGGCAAUGAGCUGCCAAAAUUCUAUGACGAGUGAAUCUUCCUCAGACUUUCUUUCUUAUUUUGUAAUAAACUCU